AUAUGCGGCUGUCAAAAACGUGUUGGUAAACGUGUCUUCGUCGGUUAUAAAAAACAUAUUCUACCACCAUAGUUCACAAUGAGUUGCUUCAUUUGCCGUGGUGAAACGGUUUCUCGUUCCCUGUGAACAGUGCCGGUGGUUAUAGUUGUUGCCCUUUCACUGAACUGGGUCUGUCGGUAACUGGAGAGACUGGAUCGCUGGUUGUGCAAUUUUGGUGGGCAACGAAAACCGGGAGUGAGCAGCAGCAGGAAUUCGGCCGAAAACUUGUUUACAUUCACACACAGACAGACAGACAGGCAGCCUCUCACUCCCAUGUUCUUUUGCGUUGGCGUAAAUGAAACAGAAAGCAUCCUGGUCAUGUUGAGAUAGCCGACCGACCGACCGACCGACGAGACUCGUCAUCGCGCGCUUCCGUGUUCCCGCAUCUAUCCCCACCCCCAGCGACAACGAAGGCUAAGAAAGCUACCGUAGGACACUGGUCGGGUGGUCGGAAAACGGGCGCGCCUGCAACGGAGCAGCAGCCCACAACACUCGAUGGUGGUGGUUUCAUUGUAGUGUAGCAUUCAUUGUGCAACGGAGCGGUCACAAAUCGGUUCGAGUGGAAAACUUUAGCGUGCUGUUUACGGGAUGAGUGAAAGACACGCCACGAUUGCGGAACAGCUGGCCAAAUGGCGUCAGGACCAUUUGCUGGCGUUUUGGGAUGUGCUCACGGAACAGCAGCGGACUACGUUACUAGAUUCGCUGUCCGAUAGCGUCGACUGUGGUGCGCUGGAUGAAGCGUUCCGCCGUGCCAUGGCAACCGCCACGUCGACGAAGGAAGAUUUGAACGAGCUGCUGAAACCACUCGCCCGCGAACGAUAUCUAUCGGUGGCCGAGGCAACGGAGGCGGAGCUGGAGGAUUUGCGGCAGGCAGGGCUGGAACAGAUUCGGGCUGGCCGGGUUGGCGUUAUACUGUUGGCGGGCGGGCAGGGCACCCGGCUCGGUUCGACUGCUCCGAAAGGCACGUACAAUGUGCAGCUGCCAUCGGGAAAGUCACUGUUUCAGCUCCAAGCCGAGCGUAUCAGGAAGCUGCAGCAGUUGGCCGGUGGUGACGGCCGCAUCCACUGGUACAUCAUGACCAGCGAGCAUACGCACACGGAAACGCUCGACUACUUCCGGGAGAACAAUUACUUCGGUCUGCCGGCCGAUCAGGUCCGGCUGUUCCGGCAGCGCAGUGUGCCGUGCGUCGAUUUCGACGGGCGCAUUCUGCUGGACGAAAAGUGGAAAGUGGCCACCGCCCCCGACGGUAACGGAGGUAUCUACCGUGCGCUCAAGGACGAAGGCAUACUGGACGAACUGGACCGGGCAGGCGUCCAGUAUCUCCACGCCCACAGCGUGGACAACAUACUGAUCAAGGUUGCAGAUCCAGUUUUCAUCGGCUACUGUGUGCGCAAAGAUGCCGACUGCGGUGUGAAGGUGAUCGAGAAGGUGCAGCCGGACGAAGCCGUCGGUGUGGUGUGCGAGGUGAAAGGCAAGUACCAGGUAGUCGAGUACAGCGAGCUCUCGAGCGAAACGGCCAAUCGCCGCAAUCCGACCGACGGCAAGCUCACAUUCAACGCUGGCAACAUUUGCAAUCACUUCUUCACCGCCAGCUUUCUACGGCGCAUUGCCGACACGCAAAUGCCGCUGCACGUGGCCAAGAAGAAGAUCCCGUACGUCGACACGGCAACCGGCGAACGCGUGAAGCCCACCGCCCCGAACGGCAUCAAGAUGGAAAAGUUCAUCUUCGACGUGUUUCCGCUGGCGGAACGGUUCGUGGCGCUGGAGGGCCGCCGGGAGGAAGAGUUCAGUGCCCUCAAGAAUGCCGAUUCGGCCGGGAUCGAUUGUCCGUCGAGCGUGCGGGGCGACAUCUACCGAUUGCAUCGGAAGUGGCUUAUCGCAGCAGGCGCGGUCGAAGUGCUUGAUGCUGCCGACGCAUCGUUUGAUUGCGAAAUUUCUCCGCUCCUAUCUUACGCUGGCGAGGGGCUGGAGUUGGCCGCCAGCGGUCAAAGCUUCCGCUGUCCAGUGCAUCUGACCGGGGCCGAUGAGCGGCAGGCACACUAACAAUGCAUGGAGGCGGAGGGGAGAGAGAGAGAGAGAGAGAUAGAUAGAGACCACGAUUGAUGCUGCUGCAGAUGUACAAUCAUCACAUCAAUCGAAGCAGUUACGCUAUCGCCUUCUCAUCGAUGAUUUAUCGCUUGCUUUGUAGGGGGCCUACCGCCCACUAGAGGCGCCAACAUUAACCAAGAAGCGAAAAUGAAGAAGGCCAAGAGGAGUACACGCAAGUACACCAAACGUCGAGAUGUACAUGUGUGUGUCGUCUUACUGUCGGAAGCUUAAUUGGAACGUCCAACUGUAGAACGUUUGGGAAGCUGAGUUCGCGCCUUUAAACAACGAUUUUGGUCUAAAAUUUAGUUACACUACCUGCUGAUCUGUGUUCAACUUAAGAAUCUUUGUUUUUUCUUCUUUAGUUCCUUUCGUCAUCUUUCCGUCGGCUGUUGGUUUCAAUGCUUCCCCACCAACUCACGACGUAUCUCAAUUAACUCGAUUAUUUUGAAAACAUUGGCCCAUUAUACUGUUUAACCGUUUCUUUCCGUUCUAUGUGUUUGUUUGUUUGUUAUUAUUUGGCUAGCAAAACUGACAGUUAGGUAGAUAGUUGAAGGCCCCGAGACAUUCCGAACGUGUGCCGAACACACCUGUUUCAGAAACAGCCCUGUCUAACACACACACAUCGGCUGGAAAGUGGAUCACGUUUUUCGAUAAUCAGCAUCAAUUAAUGUUUACACUACUGCUGUUGAGCUGGAUGUGUGUGCGUGUGUGUGUGGACAGGCUUAUCUUAAGUACACCGCACACACGCACACGCACGCACUCGAAAGCAGGAGCAAAUCGCAAUAUAAUAUAAUCCGCCUCUUUGUUAUCUGUUUUUCUUUUAAGGUGUUAUCAAUACUGUUGUAGUUGAGUUGAGUGUGUGGUGCGCGCAUAUAAAAGCAUACAGAUUUCCUUCCUUAGCAAUGAGAUUUCUUCUAUUAUAUAGUAAUAUAAUCAUUUUUUUUUAUCGUUAAACCCUAGGCGCUAGCAACGGUAUACUUAAGCACACACGCGCGUUUUACCAAUUUUACUUUUGCUUGUUAGAACAAAAUUUAUGAUUUCUUUUUAAAGAAAACGAAACAAAAAUAUGGUAAUAAAAAGAAAUAAAAUAAAACAAUUUCCAUCCUGUGCCUGA